AUGAACACUCUGUGUGUCGUCGUAGUCAUGUCUCUGGUGGCUUCCACAAUGGCUGGAGUCAUCGUCCUUGGCGGCCACGGUGGAGGCUACGGCGGUGGCCACGGCGGUGGCUACGGAUCCAAGGUUGUUUCUGGACCAUCCUACCUUGUGAACACCGUGCACAACGUCCACAAGGUUAGCCAUGGCGGACACGUUCUUGGCCACUACGGCGGUGGCUAUGGGGGUGGCCACGGUGGUGGACACGGUGCGGUCGUCCUUCUCAGCGGCGGACACGGUGGCGGAUACGGCGGUGGACACGGAUGGUGGUGA